ACCUUCCUAAGCCUGCCUCAGCUGCUUAACCUGCCUGCCCAUUUCUUUUUUUGAAAACCACAAUAAAAGACUUUUGUGCAUACUUUCCCCUUGCUCCUUCUGCCACCUGACCAACCCCAGUGCUUCCCCAUGUGGCCCUGUGUGACAUGGCAUGCCCCUUCCUCUCAAAAACUGCGAGUAAUAAACUGUUCUUUCAAAGCUUUUCUCUGUGUCUGUCAUCUUACUAUACCUGUUAAAAACAAAUCCUGGGUACAUUUCCAAACAAGAGUUCGACAGAUUUGAAUUCCCACUGGGCACUGACAAUUUGCCCACCAUGUGACCUUGGGAAUAUUACCUAUCCUCUGACAGCUUCCCUGUCCUUGAGUGUAAAACAGAGAAGAUUCCUAUACCAUAAGACUGCUGUAAGGACUGGGGAUAAUACACAUGACGUGAAUGUGCACUGAAGAAGCUGUAUGGCCAAGGGUGUGAGAAAAUCAAGAAAUAAAAAUCCCCCCAGGGGCGCCUGGGUGACUCAGUUUGUUAAGCAUCUGAGUUCGGCUCAGGUCAUGAUCUCGCGGUUCAAGUUUCAGACCCGCAUCAGGCUCUGUGCUGACCGCUCAGAGCCUGGAGCCUGCUUGUGAUUCUGUGUCUUCCCCUCUCUCUGCCUCUCCCCCACUUAUGCUCUGUCUCUCAAAAAUGAAUAAACGUUAAAAAAAGUGUUAUAAAAUCAAAAGAGAAAAAGAAAUGAAAUCCCCCUUUAGGCUCAGAAGUGAACAGUAGAAUACACGGAUAGAAAGCCUUUCAUAUUUAUAUACCUGUCCUAGUGUUCACUUAUGAGCAUCAGCAAAUCAGGAGAUAUUUUGUGCGUUGCUAUUCUUGCUGCCCAACUGAACAAAGGUUUUCCUCAUAUUUAAUGAUGACUGCUGUUCCUGUUAACAAAAUAAGAGCUGAUAAUUAGUCUUUUCAACAAGAGAAUUACAGGAGGCAUAGUUUAUCGCUUUUUCUAGGUCUCAAGAGUCAUUUUGACAUGCUACACCCACCUUCACUAAUUACUUGAGGUAGAUAAGCAAAUUUAUCAAGUAACAGGGCAGAGAGAAAAGAGGUUGGAAUUUGAAACCUCUCAGGCCUUGAGACAAAUACCUGCUGUGUGACCUUGGGCAAAUCACUUAAUAGCUCUGAACUUGAGUUUCCUCAUCUGUAAAAGGAGACAGAACACCUAGCUAAGAAAGAUGUUGAAAAAGAUCAGAGAUAAUGUAAGUAAUGAGUCUCAUUGGUGGAAGGCCUGGGACUGGAACCCUCCCUAGUCUGAAGGACCUGCCAACAAGUAACAGAGCUCCGCCACAGCCCUCAGCUCUCGAGUUUUCGGCAUUUAGCUCUUCUUUCUCUUUCUUCCCUCCCUCUCUCCCUCCUCCUUCCAGGGGAUGGAUGAAUACAUUUUUCAGGUUUUGAAUUUCCUUCUUCCUCACUGAAAUUGCAGCUCACAUGGGAUUUUACUGCCUGAAACAGAAGACCCCGCACAGCCAAGUAACGAGCAGAUGCGCUCGUCUAGCAUAAAGACUCAGCUUCAGUUGUCCUCCCGGCCACUGAGGCAGGGCACAGGUUGCGGGAUUCACUUGCUUCUGGAUAAAUGAUCUUACCUGUGAGUCCGGCGGGGAGAGAUGUAAAUGCCCAGGCAAGUCCCAUGUUGGGGCGGGCUUUGGCCUGUCUGGAAGCCUUUCUUUCCCCUCAAGCUGUCCGUUCUUGCGGGUCCCCCUGGAAGUCUCCCCAACAAAUCUGGCCUUCAGGGAUUUCUACUUCCCUGGACAUUUGUUGGCCUUUAGUGUUCUGUGACUAAGUUGCCAAGGGUUUUGCAUAUUUUUGUGACUGAGCCCAGUUUGCCAGUCUGGAAUCUCUGGCAUGGCUUCUUUGUCUUCCCUCACAGGGCCUUGUACGGGGCCAGGCACCCGAGAAAUGCUCAAGAAAUUUCUGCUGAUUCCAUUGACUGAUUCUAGUUAAAGCUCCAGAUAGUCCUGGAUGUUCUUUUAAAAAUAUUUUUUUAGAUUUAUGUAUUUAUGUAUGUAUGUAUGUAUUUAUUUUAGAGAGACAACUUCUGUGAGCAGAGGAGAGGGGCAGAGGGAGAGAGAGAGAAUCUUAAGCAGGCUGUAUACUCAACACAGGGCUGGAACCCAUGACCCUGGGAUCAUGACCUGAGCUGAAAUCAGGGGUCAGACGCUCAACUGACUGAGCCACCCAGGUGCCCUGAUCCUGAAGGUUCUUAAUUGAAACAAUUGAGUGGGUGCACACCAGAGUAUUAAGCGGACUUCCCUGCAGAGUGACUUUUCAGUUAACUAAUUUUCACAGCUCUUGAGAAAUUAUAAAAUUUUUUGACAUCCUCCUUUUUUAUCCCAGUAUGACACUCUACCCCAAAACACACUAAGUAAUAUGCCAUAGUUUUAAUACAGUUUUAGACAAAGACACAUUGACCAAUUUCCCUAACACGACAGCUUGUAUUCAGAGAACAUCAAAUGGAACGGUUUUGAGAAGCCGGCUGAGUGCGAGUGAACAUUCUGCUUUCUGUAUGUGUGCCACGUAGGUAGUAUCUUCUAUUGCUCUUUAGUCCAUGGUUUCCGUAAAGGGCCAGAGAGUAAAUAAGCUUCAUGGGUCAUAUCUGUGUUGCAGAGCGACUCAACUCUGACCUUGUAGCAUGAAAGCCAUCGUAGACAGUAUGUAACUGAAUGGGGGUGACUUUAUUUCAAUAAAACGUUAUUUACAAAAAUAGGCAAUGGGCCCGAUUUGGCCCAUGUGUCCUAGAUUGCAAACCCUUGCUUUUGUCUCUUGUAAGCACUCAUUAUAUUUCUCUGUACUUUGAACUUCUUUAUUUUGCCAUAAUUUUUUUCUGAGCUACAACUUUUUUCUUUUCUCUUUAAGAUUUUUUAAAAAGUAAUUUCUAUACCCAAUGCGGGGCUUGAACCCACAACCCUGAGAUCAUGAGUAGCAAGCUCCACUGACUGAGCCAGCCAGGCACCCCGUCUGUGCUACAAAUGUGUUUUUCAGUGUAGUUUGAGUGAAAGAUAAUUGACCUCUCCCAAAAGGUAGAAAAAUUAAUGCAGAAAAUGGCACAGAAUGAAGACUGCACCUUCUAAUGGGUGAUUCACUGGCACCAUUUCUCCUACCAAUCCUCACCCACUCUCAAGUCUUCCUUAUUCCUUUGGUGAGUAAAAUAAAACUUCAUUUCUUGCAUUACAUGAACAAACUGUAUUUAUUUUUAACACCGCAAAAGUGAUGACUUUUAUAGGCUUGUUUUCAUUGUUGAGUUAAUACAUUUUCUUUCUGCAUUUGCAUAUCUUAGUUUGGGAUGGACUGCAUCGUAGUUUUCCUAUUACAAUUAAUGGAAGUAUUUUUUGGUUUAAUGGCUUUUCACUUUGCAAUGGAGAGUUCAGGAAUGAUUUCAUGUGGUUAAGUGAUGGAUAGGUGUAGAUCAGGGUAAGUCCCCAUUGCCCUCACCUCUGGGGAAAUCACCCUUCCAAGGUGGGUGAAGGCUACCCCAGCCGGCAACCAGCAGCCACCACUGCAUGCUACUCUGGACCCAGAAGGUGUGAGGAGACUUAGAGAAGAAAGGAAAGCUGGAAGAGGUGGGUCCUGGUGUCAUGUUUGUGUGUAUGGCCUCUCCCACGUGCACAGGGACCUCUCUCAAGCAGCAAACAGUGUAUGGCAGUGAUCCUCUCUCCCCAGCUUUCCCUUUCCUGAGUUUGCUAUGCUGCUUGAGGCUGGUCCUUGGGUCUCAGUGUUGUCAUUUGCAAACCAGAGAUAAAAAAAAAAAAAUACCUUUGCCAUCAAGCACGUAAGUUUACCAUGAAGUUAAAAUGGGAUAUGAAAGUGCUACACCUAGGUGAUGUAUCAUUAUCAUUUGAGCAUUUAGAAGGAAUUGGGAGCCUGAGAGACCCCCAGACACUAACAUCUGAGUUUCCUGAAGCUGCUUUUUAAGAGUGAAUGUCUGGAGCUAACUUGCCUGAUUUUCCUUGUUCUUAUUUCUCCCUUCACUGCUAUGGGCCAUGGGCUGUAGGUGCUGGGGCUGUAGCAUUGAACUUGAUGGACAUGAUUCCUGACUUCAUGGAGUUCACAGUCUUAAGAAGUACUAUGGAGUCAAGUCCAAAAACUCUUCUGAGAAUCCCAUCCUAGGAGCCAAAGGCCUGCUAAGAUGUGUAUGGUGUAACAGCAACAAAAUAACAUCAACAGCUAAUGAGCACAUAAUAUCUACAAUAUACUGUGAUGUCAUAAUUUGGACAAACGCUUAUGCUUUUCUGGCUUUGGAGCAACAUGAAAUGAGCAGAAAGUAAGGUAGGAUGUGCUUUGGAAUAAACCUCAGAAGAAUCCCAUGCUAAGGAUCUAAGACCUGACCAAGACCAGCCGGAUAGGACCAUGAACACGUGGCCAUGUUAUACUGGGCUCACCAGCGUCUGCUAGCUCUGGUGUGACACACAAGGCCAUGGGCACAAGUUUUGCAUGAGAACUGUGCUCUACUGGUUUUCAGACUGAGCCUCCACCCCCACCCCCACCCCCAGUGUGACCUAUAGUGAAACAAAAGCAGAUAAGUAGUAAUUGUGUUGAGAAUUAAUGAUAUUUGUAUCACUGGAUAAUAAAAUCGGUAUCAUUUCAAUAGCAUUGGGAUCUCAGUUGCCCUUCCCCAUGAGGAAAGCAGAUUGUCAUAAUUUAAAUUGUUAGCAUAAUUAAAGAAAUCAAAGACCCAGUCAUUAACUCAGUCUUUCCAGAGAGACAAAUUGCCUUUGAUUUUAUCCUGCAGAAUCUGCUGAAAUGGGCAUUUUAUGUAAACACAAAACUAUGAACCAAUGGCUCCCUCCGUGGGACUGGAGGACAAAAUACCUGGGGGCACUUUCCAUCAAAACAUGCAGGGAAGAAAAAAUCUUUUACCAUCUCUUCUGUGGUUGCUAGUAAGCCGAAUUCGAUCACUUACCCGUGUUCUGUACAAUUCCUAGCACCACAGAGAGGAAGUGCUUUUCCCUUUUCCUUAAAAAAAAUUCCAGUCAAAACCAUCAGCCUCCGUAGGUUGUCUUAAUUGCUACUUUGCACUGCACUGGACUGUGACUCUGAUUUUUGGCACAUGCCGUCAUACACAAAGUUCCUAAAAUAAAAUGCUCCAGGAUAUCCCAGGAACUCUUAGAGGGCUUUAAAAAGGGACUUGCACACAGAAACAAUAUCUUUGAUGGAGACAAUUCAGGCGAGCAGAAUGAUUAUUGCAAAAGAAUUACGUGAUUCAUUGAGACCUUAAAGUGGGUCCGGAGAAUCCUUGCCACCUAACUUAUCAUGGUUUGGAAGAGUUUGAUGAGAAUCCAGUUUUGAUAAAGACAAUUGUUUUUUCCUCCCCAAGUGACUAUACAUUUAAAUAGCUAAAACAUCUGUUCAGCAGCAUAGUAAAACAUGUACACUCAGAACGCCUGAGAGAAGAGCCUGCCAAACAAUCGGUUGAGAGGGACUUUGCUGGGGGGAGAGCCCCAAGAUAAAGCAACCACUGUUUGUUUUGUCUGGUCAGGGGGAAAGCCAAGGCAACCAAUAUUUUGGGUUUCUUUUAUUUCAUUUGUGAAGAAAUAUUUGAGAAAGGGUGGCGAGGGAAGAUUUUCUGACGGGAUUUUUUAAAGCUGUCUUUUAGUAGAAGAGCAAGAGAACCUUGGAUGUCAACGCCUCACAGGUUCUUGAGACCAGCCACCAAACCACAAAAAGUGACUUUCUCUUCCCGUGGCCUCUACGUCCCUCCUGAUGGAAGCAGAAAUGGGGAGCAGCACGGAGCCUGGAAAAACAGCCAACAGAGGUACUCGAAUCGCCCUGGUUGUGUUCAUUGGUGGCACUCUGGUGCUGGGCACGAUCCUCUUUCUAGUGAGUCAAGGUUUCUUAAGUCUCCAAGCCAAACAGGAGUACUGCCUGAAGCCGGAAUGCAUCGAAGCUGCUGCUGCUAUCUUGAGUAAGGUAAAUCUCUCUGUGGACCCUUGUGAUAAUUUCUUCCGGUUCGCUUGUGAUGGCUGGAUACAGAAUAAUCCAAUUCCUGAAGAUAUGCCAAGCUAUGGGGUUUACCCUUGGCUGAGACAUAACGUUGACCUCAAGUUGAAGGCACUUCUGGAGAAAUCUAUCAGUAGAAGGCGGGACACCGAAGCCAUACAGAAAGCCAAAAUCCUUUAUUCAUCUUGCAUGAAUGAGAAAGCGAUCGAAAGAGCAGAUGCCAAACCAUUGCUCCACAUCCUGCGGCAUUCACCUUUCCGCUGGCCUGUGCUCGAGUCUAAUAUUGGUCCUGAGGGAGUGUGGUCAGAGAGAAAGUUCAGUCUUUUGCAUACCCUUGCAACAUUUCGUGGUCAGUACAGCAAUUCUGUGUUCAUCCGACUGUAUGUGUCCCCUGAUGACAAGGCAUCCAACGAACAUAUCUUGAAGUAUCGGGAUGCCCUUUACAAGUUCAUGGUGGAUACUGCUGUGCUUUUGGGAGCUAAUAGCUCCCGAGCGGAGCAUGACAUGAAGUCAGUGCUUAGACUGGAAAUUAAGAUAGCCGAGAUAAUGAUUCCACAUGAAAACCGAACCAGUGAGGCCAUGUAUAACAAAAUGAACAUUUCCCAGCUGAGUGCUAUGAUUCCUCAGUUUGACUGGCUGGGCUACAUCAAGAAGGUCAUCGAUUCUAGACUCUACCCAGGUCUGAAAGACAUUGACCCUUCAGAGAACGUGGUUGUCCGUGUCCCACAGUACUUUAAGGAUUUGUUUAGGAUAUUAGGCUCUGAGCGGAAGAAGACCAUUGCCAACUAUUUGGUGUGGAGGAUGGUUUACUCCAGAAUUCCAAACCUUAGCAGGCGCUUUCAGUAUAGGUGGCUUGAAUUCUCGCGGGUAAUUCAGGGGACCACGACUUUGUUGCCUCAGUGGGACAAAUGUGUAAACUUUAUCGAAAGUGCCCUCCCUUAUGUUGUUGGAAAAAUGUUUGUGGAUGUGCACUUCAAGGAAGAUAAGAAGGAAAUGAUGGAGGAAUUGAUUGAGGGUGUUCGCUGGGCCUUUAUUGACAUGCUGGAGAAAGAAAAUGAGUGGAUGGAUGCAGGGACAAAAAGGAAAGCCAAAGAAAAGGCAAGAGCUGUUUUGGCAAAAGUUGGCUAUCCUGAGUUUAUAAUGAAUGAUACUUAUGUUAAUGAAGACCUCAAAGCAAUCAAGUUUUCAGAAUCCGACUACUUUGGCAAUGUCCUGCAAACCCGCAAGUAUUUAGCACAGUCUGAUUUCUUCUGGCUGAGAAAAGCGGUUCCAAAAACAGAAUGGUUUACGAAUCCCACGACCGUCAAUGCCUUCUACAGUGCAUCCACCAACCAGAUUCGAUUUCCAGCAGGAGAGCUGCAGAAGCCUUUUUUUUGGGGAACGGAAUAUCCUCGAUCUCUGAGUUAUGGAGCUAUAGGAGUAAUUGUUGGACAUGAAUUUACACAUGGAUUUGAUAAUAAUGGUAGAAAAUAUGAUAAAAAUGGAAACCUGGAUCCUUGGUGGUCUACUGACUCAGAAGAAAAGUUUAAAGAAAAAACGAAGUGCAUGGUUAACCAAUAUAGCAACUAUUAUUGGCGGAAAGCUGGCUUAAAUGUGAAGGGGAAGAGGACCCUGGGAGAAAAUAUUGCUGAUAAUGGAGGUCUGCGGGAAGCUUUUAGGGCUUACCGGAAAUGGAUAAAUGACAAGAGGCAGGGACUUGAGGAGCCUCUACUACCAGGCAUCACAUUCACCAACAACCAGCUCUUCUUCCUGAGUUAUGCUCAUGUGAGGUGCAAUUCCUACAGACCAGAAGCUGCCCGAGAACAAGUCCAAAUUGGUGCUCACAGUCCCCCUCAGUUUAGGGUCAAUGGUGCAAUUAGCAACUUUGAAGAGUUCCAGAAAGCCUUUAACUGUCCAUCCAAUUCCACGAUGAACAGAGGCGUGGACUCCUGCCGACUCUGGUAGCCAGGCCGCUGGUGUAGGCCAUCCUGGGAGCCGUAUAGCGCCAGGAGGGGCCACACCGAACCCUCAUCGCCACCGCUUUCGGCCUCUGUUCCCCUGAAGACUCCUAUUUUUAAUGCAUCUUCAUUAUUUGGGUGUUGCUUGGAUGUGAACAGUAUUCAAAUUGUAGGGCUUAAAAAAAGGGAAUAGAAGAAGUGAACCAAGUAUGUUUCUUUAGAAAACCAAACCAAAAAAUAAAAUAAAAUAAAUCCCUAGGCUACUUUUGUUAAAAUAUUACCUGCUGAAUUGUUGUUUUUGUCCAUUUUAGUGUAAACAGCUAAGUGGUACACACUAUUUUAAUCUACAGGUUUGCAGAGAGCCUAAGUAGAAUGUAUCCAGAAAAGAAAUUCAGUCUAUGCAUUUUGUAACCCAUGAUGAGGACAUGUUCCUGGAUACCUGGUCGGUCUUACUGCUCUGUAGAAUGCAGUACUAGAUUUUAUGUAUUAUCAUUCAUAGCAUUUAUUAACUAACUAACUAACUAUGGUAGUUAGGUUAGAAAUAUGUUGGAGCUUCAUUUUACAAUUUUUGAUGAAAUUUUUGCCUUCAUCUUUGAGGUCUGUUGGGUUGCAAAUGCCUCUCACAGCUUCUGUCUGACGUAGCUGAUUGCCCUGUUCAACUCGGCAUGAACAGAGCUGGCAAAAAGGCUACUUGAGAAAGGAUUUCAGUUUCUCAAAUAGAAAAAAGAAAAAUGGAUGUGUUUUUAAGGCCCAGAAGAAGUCAAAACUCCUAUUCACUAGGAGAUGAAAUCUCCAAAAUUGGAUCUAUUCUGCCCAAACCUCAGUGAUUAUGUCUGUGUGCUGGGCACUUCUUCAGUCCAAUUCCUGUUUAUCUUGUUACCCUCAUGUAUGUGCAUUCUUCUGUUUCUGAAAUGAGCAGGCACUGAGAAAAUGAUUUUCUAAUUCUCCAGUAAGAAUGUAUGGCUUCCAUUCCCCCUUUAGUGCAGGCGACCAGAUACCACUUCUCUUUUGGCUCAGUUAACAUGACCUCUCUUUGAAAAAAGCGUUUUGAAAAAUUUCUUGAUUGGAGACAAUUUAAACUCUAUUGAUUGAUUUAAAAAUUCCUCACAUGUCCAAAGGAAGAUAAUUUUUUCUGUCCAAGUCUUCUAAAGAGUCUGUAAGGAAGAGCAGUGCUGGGUUUUUGAGCCUCAGAACUUUAUCCUUUUGGGUGAACCCCUCCAUGUCUUUUUAGCGUGUGUAGGGGAAAAUCUUAAUGGCCUUACAGUGGUUACCUGGCAUUUCCAGUUUCUUAAAAUAGCCAUCCUCCCUUUACAUUAUUCAUUGUGUAUGUGGUUUGGCGUUAAGUAGGCCACAAGGAAAAAUCUCAGCAGAAUGACAAACUCUGACUAACCGUGGGAGACCAUUUUGCAUCCCUGUGAUUUAUUUUCCUUCUUUUUUUUUUAUUUUAAAUGUACGUGUGUGCCAUGUCCUUUUGUAAACAUGGGAACUUCCAAAGGGACAAAAAUGCAGGGGCACCACCAUGAGGAAAACAAUUACCUGUGUUGUUAGUCAGAGGACAGUGAUUUUCCCCUUGAUUUGUUCCUCUCUAAAUGAAUAAACUUUGGAAGGGCAGCUACCUUUUCCUCCUCUUAACCAAGGCUUCAUGUGACCUUAAUGUGACUUAUUUUUAAAAACAAGUGCUGUUAGGUUAGGGGUGCUGGAAGUGUACAGGCGUUUUCUCUGGAGGAGCCAUUCUGAUUUGCUUUAGACAUACAAGAUACUCCUUGUUUUAUCCCCCUCCUUGGACAUUUAGAAGCCACCGAGGUUUGUUAUGCUGGUAUGAAUAGCAUUUUCCUUCUAGAUUUCUCUUUUUAAACUCCCAAUAACACAUUCCUGCAGGUCAGAGAAAGUGACUAGAAUUAUUACUUUGGAGGUGGGAAUCAUGCAGUCAGUUGUCAGUUGAGGAAGACUAGUUAGUGAUCGGUUUGGGCCCUAUAGUUUCUAAAUGAUGUGGCUACUUUGUCCUGAUUAACUUUAUGUGCUGUAACUCAGUUAUACUGAAAGUUGUAGAUACGAGGGCCAUUAUUAAAACAAGAUAAACCCAAAGCAGGAGUACCAAGUCAUCGCUACAAGCUACAACAGUUUUCUGGUAGGAUUGGAUUUCCACAUACAUGCUCAAGUUUAAAUUUUCGAUUAUACUCUUGUUACUUCUCUUCAAUACAGGUUGCUAAAGGAAGCAGACACUGAUUAAGUGCUAGAGGGAAGAAGGGAAAACCCAACUGGAAAGAAAGGUAAAAAAAAAAAAAAAGUAGGGAGAAGUUGGCUUCAGAAUGUGAUUAGGAAGAGAAGACAGGAUUUGGGCAAUCCUUGCUAAGCAUAUCCAUUGGAGCCGAGCCAUCAAGUUUUACAAAAAUAAUUAUGGUAAAUUAAAAGGAAAUUAGAUAUUGGAUCACAUACUAGGACUGCCAUAACAGACUUUCCUGAUUCAUAUACCAGAUGUUCUACCAGUGAACUAUUGUCUGCGUGUUGGAAGGAGUUUUGGGAAAUUCUCCCGGAAUAGUCGAGGAUUUUGUAUAAAUAAAGUGGUAUUAUUUGAGCUUAUCACCAUUGCCUAAAGUUUGUGGAGCUUUUCACCAACCAUACAGCAUUGGCCUCCUAUUUCCAUUUUUUCCUUUUAUGAGACAGACUUGGACAUGACUAAUGCAAGCUCGGAUUCGUAAAUUAUCCUGAAGUUUAUUCAGUGCCUUUCCUCAAUGGAGCUUAAAGCAUAGCACAUAAAUUUUAUCUUAUUUAGCCCUGGAGCAUCGCUAAGAAGCAACGAGGAAUGCCGGCUUGCUGCACAGGUUAUGCUUGUGCCAGAGAAGUGGAGAGAGGUUUGAAAUUGCUUGUCAAGUAUCCUAGGAUCAGGAAAGGCAGAGUCUUUGUUCUUUGGGCAGCUGACCUCUGCAUUAACCUUCAUCCCUUAGAUGACCCCAUUUCUAAAUACAUUUAUUCUCUCAGUAUUUGUGCAGUCGCUUAGCAUUUGAUGGGGCUUCUUCUUUGAUAUUUCUAACAUAAUGUUUCAAUUGCCUAUUAAGCUAAUGAAGAAUACAUGAUUGUUUCAUGCAGCAACAUUUUCCUCACCAGUGGCAGUGCCCCCGCUGGUUUGAAGGAAGGUAUUCUUGGAUUAUGCAUUUUAUAUCUAAAUGGUCAUUGUAUUUUCUUCUCUGACUUGUAAAACAAUGUGAACGAUCAUUUUAAGGACAAUAAAAAGUUGAAGAUUUUCUGUUUCCUCUAUUUUUUUAAAAAACUUAUAAUCUAUUGUAUCUGUUAACAUACUCAGUUGUGUUUUAGACAAUACUAUUUGCCCCAGAAGUAUGCAAAGUGCUCUAGUAGACUACGUUUCUUGGUCUAGGAAAGUGGGAUUUGAAUGCAGUAACUUUGUAGACACGGAGAGACUUACAAGGUGGUCGUUGUAUUUUCUUUUAGAGUAUAAGCCAGCAGAUGUGGUUUAUUGCUUAUGCAAUAAUAUUUCCAUUGAGGAAAGGAGAGGCUUCUGAGGGAACGAUCAACCAUGAUAGGGCCGAUCUUACUAAAGUGAUGAUGCCAUCACACCAGAGUCUGUAUGUGCUGUCACCUGUCACUCAUUCAACACACCAUAAGUGAACACCGGUUUUGUUUACAUCACACAAC